AUGGAUUUCUUGUUCCUAUUAUCCCAGCACUCUGGCUCCUAUAGGUUGAGAUUCUAUGACAGAGAUGACUUCAAAGGCCAAAUGACAGAGCUCAUGGAUGAUUGUCACUCCAUUCAAGACCGUUUCCAUAUGAAUGAAAUACGCUCCCUCAAUGUGUUGGAGGGCUCCUGGAUCCUGUAUGAGAUGCCCAGCUACAGAGGAAGACAGUACCUGCUGAGACCUGGGGAGUACAGGAGAUACCUGGACUGGGGGGCCAUGAAUGCUAAAGUUGGUUCUUUUAGACGGGUCAUGGAUUUUUACUGA